GAAGCUGUAAAAUUGUUAUAUUACUUGUUCAAUGGUGAUGUUUUGAUAUAUCGAAUACUAUUUAAUAUUAGAGUGGCAAUAGUUGGUAGCUCUUUGUAAUUUUGAUUCGAUAUAAACAUAGUCAAUAUCAUUUGGUUAAGUUCUAUACAUUUCCUCAUUUGUUUAUCCAAGUACAGAGCUUAUUCAAAUCAUUACAUGUACAUUGAUUAAUGCCACUAAAAACUUAUCAGAUAAAAUUCUCUCGAUAUUUUUCAGUGAAACAGGUUCGUAGAUCCAACAGAAGCAAGAAAGCUAUACCAACACGUUACAUAGAUGCAGGGGAUUCUGAUGAGGAGACAGAAGUUGAAGCAGACAAUGGAGGAGCAGAACUUGAGGAACAAACCAAUGAUGGGGAUGAGCAUUUAAAAUACAUGGCUAUGGUGAAACGAUUGAAAAAUCCAAAGGAGCAGAAGGAAUUAAUAUGUGAAUAUUGUGAAAAGCAAUUUCAUCAUGAGUGCUUGUUGGUAAUCCAUUUACGUACACAUACUGGAGAAAAACCAUUUAAAUGUGCUCUGUGUCCGAAAAGUUUUGCUCAGAAUUAUUACUUAACAAAGCACCAACAACAAGUCCAUCUAGGAAAAAAACCAUUCAAGUGUGUAGAUUGCCCAAAAGCCUUUGUGAGGUCCCAUCAAUUGGUACAACAUUCUAUGAUUCAUACUGGCGAGAAACCGUUUAUUUGUGAUCAAUGUCCCAAAUCAUUUAGGUCAAAGAGCACCUUGAAAGUGCAUUUAUUAUCAACUCAUUCAAAUGUAAAGGAGCAUAUGUGUGAUUUCUGUGACAAGCAGUUCAGCUUGCGUUCAUCUUUAACAAAACAUUUGAAGAUCCAUACUAGAGAAAAAAAACUCCAACCUACUCAAAUCAUUGAGACAAAGGAUUCUGGCGAUGAGACAGACAUUGCUGUAGCUAAUAUUGAAGCAGACAAUUUAGAAGCAGAAUUAGAACUUGAUGGAGAACAAACUAUUGAUGGAGAUGAGCAUUCAAAAUACACAGCAAUGGUGAAUCGAUUAAAAAACCAAAAAAGGAAAAAAGAGUUCAUAUGUGAUUAUUGUCCAAAGCAAUUUAAUCGAGAGCGCUUGUUGGUAGUCCAUUUACGCACACAUACUGGAGAAAGACCAUUUAAAUGUACUUUGUGCCCCAAAAGUUUUGCCCAGAAUUAUUACUUAACAAAGCACCAACAACAAGUCCAUCUAGGAGAAAGGCCUUUUAAAUGUGCACAUUGCCCAAAGGCCUUUGUGAGGUCACAUCAAUUGGUACAACAUUCUCUGAUUCAUACUGGCGAGAAACCAAUCAAAUGCAAUCAAUGCCCCAAAUCCUUUAGGUCCAAGAGCAUAUUGAAAGUGCAUUUAAAAUCAACACAUUCAAAUAUGAAGGAGUAUAUGUGUGAUUUCUGUGACAGACGGUUCAACUUGCCACAAACUUUAGAAAGACAUUUGAAGAUCCAUACUGGAGAUAAAAACCACCAGUGUGUACAUUGUGGAAAAAUGUUCACAUUAGAUAACAAUUUGAAAAAACAUUUGAAGGCAAAUCACACAAAUGUAGACAAUAAGUAAACUUGAACAAUAUACAUGUCGUGUGAAAUUGGCUUCUGUACUGUAAAUAUUAAAUGAAACUCAUUUUUUUGCUAAAACUUCGAUUUAAGUAGUGACGCUUUAAAUACCUCUAUAAAGUGUUCUACUUGGGAGGUGAAUUGUGUUCCACUAACAGACUUGUUCCACUACUAGAGGUAUUCUAGUUUACAAAUAUUAAAAAAAUCUAUGUAAUUAUUGUAAUUCUUUUCUAUGUGAGAAGGUGAAAAGGUAAAAAUGUAUUGAAUCAACAUUUGAGUGCAAUUUACAAUAGGGUGUCACAAUAUCUUUCCUUGUAUACGUUAAUUUUAUUCUGGAUUUCGCAUUUCGCCUAUUUUCUUAAUAUUUGCUAUUUUUGAUUCGGCAGAACAGAAUUUUUGAUUCUGAUUAAAGUAGGUUACAUAUCUUCCGAAAAAACAUAUCUCCAAUUGAAAAUAAUUUAAGGCCCUCUUCAAGAAACAUUGGUACUGCACUCUAUGUUUUAAGAAAAUCUAUACAUUUGCGAAAAAAAGUCCAGAAAACAGAAUUAUCACUAUGAUACAGAAACGGAACUGGGUUAAAAUGUCAUAGAGAUUCUUCCUACUUCUUGUGAAAUAAGGAAAAAAGAAAAAUCGUAACUUCGAGGUUCAUUCAUU